UGAAAUGAUUGCCAGUACUGUGAUGCCAUCCUUCACAGUUGUUAGUUAGCUCAAACUAUGUGCGAUAUCAACAACGAUAUGGUGCAACGUGGUAGGCUUUUUGGGGACAAUGUUAUUGAAUGCAGUAACAUACGAACACCGGUGAAAAUUCAGGAUGAAGCUUCACAUCGAAAAUUAACUUUUGGCAUCGACCGUUUAUUAAGUAUGUCAACACCUGCAAGGAACAAGGAAUUUGGUGAUAAAUCACAAUUUUUGUCAUCUUCCGUUACUGAAGAGGAAGCUUAUCAUAGUUUCUAUGAAAUGGAUAAAUGUGAUUUAUGUGGUAAAUACAACGGAAGUUUCCCUAAUUUUACCAAACUUUCGAUUAGUGAUUUGAAUACGAAAAUGGAAAAAGGCCAUGUUUGUGAACCAGUUAUUCUAGAAUUAAACAAAACGAGUAAGCCUUGCGAUAAAAGUGAAAAUCAUUUGUGGUUAAGCUAUCCGGGUGACAGUGGUAUACAGUGUUCCAAAAUAAUUCCUGAACCGUUUCCCUUGCGAAUAGGAAAUUUGAAUUUAGGACAAAAUCUUAUUCCAUCAAACCAAGAAGCAGAGCUAUUUACAUUUCCCUUCGCUACGACUCCUCAUUUCGUGCAAAACUGGAGUAAUGAUAAAUUAACUCCUUAUAGGACUCAUAAUUUUAUUGAAUGCUCCUUGCAAAGAGGCCAAUCCUCAUGUUAUAACUUCAAUAAACUGAGUUCUAUCGACAGUAGACCAACAGAAAAGCAAUCAAUAAUUUCGCGUCGGAAAAGAUCUUGGUCGCGAGCGGUAUUUAGUAGUUUACAACGAAAAGGACUUGAAAAGACAUUUCAAGAACAAAAGUAUAUAACUAAACCCGAUAGAAAACGCCUCGCUGCUACGCUUGGUCUACAUGAUUCACAGGUAAAAGUGUGGUUUCAAAAUCGUCGAAUGAAGUGGCGGCACCUUGUAAAACAUGCCUCAAUAGUCUCAUCAUCCCAGAACACACUCGAUCAAGCUUCACAGUCAAUAUCGCCGUCAUCCAUGAGUUUAGAUAUGACAGAAAUGUUUCAAUUUAAUUGUGAUGAUGGCAAAGAUGCCGAAGACGACAUUAUAAUAGAUUAAGUUUCCUCAAUUGUACUUAGUAAAUCUGUUAUAUAAGAUUUGUAAAAAUGUUAUUAGUUAACUUUUCUUUCACUAACAUUUUUUAUUUUUUACUUCACAGUUGAGCACUAACAUAGCGCACUGGCACCUGAAUAAGAGAAAGAACACUUUGAGUUGAUAUUUAGCAUACAAUUUACUCAUAUAGACUCGUAUUUACUCAUAUAUAAAUAAAUCUUAAAUCCACAAAUACAAAAUUCUCGUGUCGCUGUGUUAGCGUUCAAAUUCGACCGAACAGACUUGAUCAUUGUUUAUGAAACUUUACCAAUAUGGUCCAUACUUAUGAAAACAGGUUUGUAACUUUUUGUCGUAUCUAGAAACUGUAAACUUUUUAAUUAAUUACCAUUAUCAAAAUUUAGAAACAGCAGUUCAGAACAAUAAAUGAAAAUGAGUAUCAGGAAGUACGCCGCCGCUACGAAUGGAUUCAAUGAUACCAGGCAUUGUGCCAGUGUGUCUCCACCUCCUACUCCUACUAAAUACAACCUCGUCGUACAGAAUGGUAACAUGUCUCUCAACUAUUAAAGCUUGGGUAUACGGGGUAACCCAACUGUGGGCGAAUGGGUUGCAUGGCUAAAUUGAUAGGCGAGGUACAUCAUGAUAGAUAAUAUUCAUGACUCAGAGACAGGUGUCACUCGUAGUAUUGUGAUGAUGUUCUAGAUGGCUUCUAUGUUGAUAGUGUAUGUGAAGUAGGAAAAAGAGACGGGAGAUAUCGCCCACAGCGAUAUCGUAGCGAGCGCCGAUUGGGCGAAAGAAUGAAUUUAAGCGGCGCGCGCUGCUAUGUCAGAAGGUCAAUUGAACGCGAAAUGUCGAAGGUGAAGGACGUGCGAAUAUGGAGCAAAAUAAAGUGAAAUGAACUAAAGCCACCCAUCUUCUUCUUUUUGUGUAAAACUGUUUCUCACAUGUAUUACAUUUACUUGUAGUGUAUGAUUUUGAGUAGUUUUGCGUAGUUAAAAUUUAGACAAAGAAGCGUCUUUGGCGCUUCGGAAAAAAAACUUAACAAGGUUUGCAUGUUGUUUGUGUACCGUCAGUGAAGAUCUUAGCCGGCGUCAUGGAGUGCGUAAAGUAUUCAGACCCGUUUUAAUCGGAGAUGAUUCAUUGGAGUGCGGGAGAUUAGCAUCCACCUCGAUUGAAACUUCAUUGAAAAAGUUUGUUUGGUCCCUUGUGUUAAAACCGGCUCCGGAACCGUUGCAACAGAGCCGUUGGUGCGGAGCCAACUCCGAAGCCGUUGGUGCGGAGCCAAUUUUCGGAACUAUUCCCAUCACUAGUUUGCAUACAAGGAUUAAUCAAUUUCUCCGAGACAAUAUUAACAGACUCGUUGAAAGUGAUGGGCGUUUCGGAGCGCACCAACGGCUUCGGAGCCGGCUCCGGAGCCGUCGGAGCAGAGCCGGCUCUGGAGCCGUUAGUCCGGGGGUUUAUUUAUAUUGAUUUAUUUACUUUAUUUAUUUAUUUAUUUAUUUAUUUAUUUCGUUAGUUAUUUAUUCAUUUAUUUAUUUAUUCAUUUAUUUGUUUAUUUAU